AAUGAAUGAAUUGAAUGAACGAAAACAAAACACGCGAUUGUUGCGUGAACAUGUCUGCCGUUUGUUUUUGACGUAAAUAAAAGCAAAAUUGUUUUAGUGUUUGUGAUUUUCAGUGGUUUAUCGGUGUUAUUUGCAGUUUUAUAAUGUGUUAAAUUGUGCCGUGACAAGUUCAUAUGAGGCUGCUAUACAAAACUGGUCCAAUGGAGUCGCUCAGAAAGUGGUUCUAUAAACCUAAGAGGGACGACCGCUCGCUGCUAGCGCAGUUCUUCUUCGCGGACGACGCGCUCAACAUGGUGGCCGCCGAGCUGGACUCGUUCGACGGCCGCAAGGACCCUGAGAGGUGCACCACGCUCGUCAACCAGCUGAGACAUGCACAGGACCGCGUGCUGAACAUAACCAGCCAGAUAAUGGACCAGUUGCUGGGCUCGGAGCGAGUGGCGCGAGGGUUCCGCGUCAAGUUUCCUGAAGACGUGCUUCAGGAUAAUCUAGCUGGGCAGCUGUGGUUCGGAGCUGAGUGCCUAGCAGCGGGUUCAUCCAUCAUGAACCGCGAAGAAGAAUCAGCAGCCAUGCGGCCUCUAGCCAAAGCGCUGACCAGGAGUCUAGAGACAGUCAGGUCUCUACUCAGAGAGCAGUGUCUGAGACCUAGAGGCAUGGCGCUGUCUCAACACGAUGAUAUGCUUCACGAGAGCUUGAGGAUCUUUGACAGACUGUUCGCGGAAUUCGAGCUGUUCUACGUAAGCGCAAUGGUGAACGUCAAAACUCCGCACGAGUUUGAAGCGCAACAGCUGAUCUGUGUGCUGUUCUCAGAGAGCCUGAGGCAAGCGCUGAAGCAGGGGCUGCUGACUCAGGAACAGGUGGACUCAUACGACCCAGCCCUCAUGUUCGCGGUGCCUCGUCUCGCCAUCGUGAGCGGGCUGCUCGUGUACUCGCGCGGGCCGCUCAGCAUCGACAAGCCACCAGAAGAGAUGUCGGACAUGUUCCGUCCGUUCCGCACCCUCCUGCACAAGAUCCGCGCGCUGCUGUGGACGCUGUCGCGGCGCGAGCUGGCUGCAUUAUCGCGAUUAUUGUGCAGUAAUGAAGACGCUUCUAGAGUCGCUACCACUACUUCAGUGGAACAACAUUCGGGGGACGACCAGUAUCCGGACAUCGGCGAGUUUGUGAGUCGAUUCUAUGCGGACCACGUGCAUUGUAGAGAUGUCUAUACUUCGCAGCAAAGUUCAACCGACCAAACGAUAUCGGAAGCGGACUACCUCCCAGACAACAUAGAAGUGAUGACUCCAAUAUUAGACGGCUUACGACGACUCAGCGAAGAUGACGCGAGUUCAGACCACGACACAAACAUGUCCAGACAAGUCUCCAUAGAAACGACCAGCACUGACACAUUCCACGAACAAAAAGACUACUUAGACACCAGAAGAAAGAUUAGUAGAGGAGAAACUUCUGACCUUUCCUCUCUGAGAAAUCUGUCGACGAACGGCCUUAUGAUGUUCGAUCCUUUAGUCGUCUCGUCUAUAUCGAAUUCAGAAAGACAGUUGCCUGAUAACGAUUUGGUGACGUCACUGAAUGAACAAGUCACGGGCAUAGCUGAUAGGCUUUCGUCGAUAGCGGCUAACGAUGUCGAUAUUUCAGAUCACAACAUGCAUUCGUUUUCGACUAAUGACGUUCCAACGUUGAUAUCCAAUGAGUGCGCGGCGGAUAACUAUGGGUUUUCUGGUCCUAGGAACGAUCAGUUGAGUUGUUUGCCGUCGACAAGUCAUGGGUAUUUAAUACCGAACGCUAUAAGCCAAGAGCCUGUUGUUUUAGCUUCGUUGUCUCAUAAUAAUUCGGCGGUUUUCAACCCGGAAGAUGAAUCAGAGAAUGGAGCUAUUGGUGCAGAUUUACCCAUGAUUAUACCUGAUAAUAUAGACGCUGAUAUAGUCAAUACAAAUAUCUGUAUAGCUAACGCCAAUUUGAGCUCGCUACUGCUAACAAAUGAAGAGUAUAGACAGAGUUUCUUAACAGGCAACGAAGAAAAUGUAGACGAUAAUACAAGCUUCCAUUCAGCUAUGACUAUGGAUAAGGAAGAGGAUGAAAGGGUCAAAUUCAUGUUGGGAUACGAGAGUGACCAUCACGAAUCGCCGGUAGACUCGGGCGUCAGUACUGAAAACACUAGCUUAGAUAGAUCGCCCGAUACCGACCAGAACAAAGAACAUUUCAUGACACAGAACAGGGUACUAUCCCCGGUUUUAGACAAAUCUGACGAUCACGACAAAACUGAGAACGUUCUAGAGAACUCCUUCUCGGAAUGUACAGAUGUAAAUAGUAGAAUAGACUGCGAUGUGACUGUAAAUAUUAAUUACGUAGAAACGGACGGCCAGCAGAAAAACGAAGCUGGCUCGUCCCAUAUAAGUGUGGAUAAUGUAGAAUUAAGUAAAGAAACCCGUGAUAGUAGCGCUAGGAAAACCCCUGAACACGAAAACAGUGAUGUAAAUAUAGAGGAGACCAGAAGAAGAGUUUUACAGGAAUGGGGGGCGAACGCCUCAGAACAAGAAUUCAGGACCAUAGACGAAGUGAUAACAGAGUUGAGGAGGCAUAGACAAGCGGACGAAAAACUGAAAGCGGAAGAAAGAAAUGAGGUCGAACAAAGGAGUUCGCGGGAAGAAGGUUCCAGCAGUAGACAGAAGAAGGUCAGGAAAGGGUCGAAGAGUAAAAGGAAGAGAAGUAAAAUGUGGUCUCCGGGUAUAGUGAUAUUGGACAACAGGGCUACAAUGAACCAGAAUACUCCGUUGACGCUCAAUUUGGACCAUUUUGUUGAUGAUAGCAGCGGUUCAUCAAUACCUGAAUGCGCUGACGACGAGCAGAUCGCACUCGCAUUACAAGCCCAGGAGCUAGCGGCGAGGCAGCAGGCUAGGGGCAAGUUCAAAUCCAGCGAAGACCUCAUCCACCGCCUCUUCGUCUGCAUAGCCGGCGUGGCCGACCAGCUCCAGACCAACUUCGCGGCGGAUCUCCGGAACAUACUAAAAGCUGUGUUCCUGAUGAAUCAGACGCCGGACGCGCCGGAGCCGGGGCCGGAGCCGGACCGGGAGGCGGACACCAUCGAGUACGAGCCGACCGAGGACCAGGUCUUACAGAAUGGAAGCUCAUUCGACAGCGUGUACUCGGCCGAGGAGGUUUACGCCGACAGCAACUCAUCUCACAGUUCCAGCAAAUCUUCCGACUCGGAUAAGACUCAAAGGUUGUCACGCAACAGACAGCUCCUAGAGCAGGGCCAGAGUUCAGGACAGAGACGGAAGAGCGUGGACGUGGUGCGAGCGAGGGAGAGGCAGAUACAGUCGGUGUCCACUAGCGAUCUGCCGCACUGUCAUACGGAGGACGGCCCAGAGCGCAUGCCGGAGUGGGUGCCGGACAUCGCGGCGCCGGACUGCAUGCGCUGCUCCGCGCACUUCACCGCCUUCCGACGGCGACACCACUGCCGGAACUGUGGCAAAGUGUUCUGCGCAUCUUGCAGCUCAAACUCCAUUCCUCUGCCGCGCUACGGGCAACUGAAGCCGGUUCGAGUUUGCGAAGAAUGCUUCACGAACAUCGCGACCAACUGCCGCCGAACCGCCUCGUAUCGGUGAAGGUAGCUCCGUAAACACACACGCUAAUGUCACUGUGACUUAUGUCAAAGUGACGUUUGAUUCUUGUAGUGUUGUUCAGUUGUCUAUGGUGAAGAUUUAAACAAUGUGUUCGUUCAAAUGCCCCAACCGAUUGCGGUGUUCUUUAGACCUUUUAGAUUUUAAAUAAUUAUGUAUAUUUUUUCUAUAAUGGUUGGCAAACGCUAGGUUAUAUUAUUUAACACACUAAUAUUUUGCUCUAGACUGUUUAUAACGUUGACUAGAUAAAGAGAGUUUUGAGGAAAUUAUAAUAUAGGUUUGCUCAUUUCUCUAUAUCCAUUUUAAUUUUGCUAGCCUAAAAUUAUUACUGAGAUAUUUUUCUUUAUAAAUUUUGGGUCAUACGGCCAGCUGUCCGAUGGAACUUAAAUGUAUUGCCGAGAUUAAUCUACUAGUUAUUUUUAUAGUAUGACAACAACACAAUACGUCUCGACAAUCCUAAUAAACUCAUUUGGGCAACUGGGCUUCUGCCCCAAAACAACUUAAAGAGUGGAUACAAUUUAUUUACCAAAAUAUUAAAAAUAUGAUUGUUCAUAGAUAAUAAUGAUUUAUAAAUAAAAAAGAAUCUUCCCCAAACUAAACAAAUUUGAAAAUGGAAAAAAAACUUAGUUUAUAGAUUGUUGAUUGUAUUAUUAUAUUACAAAUCUGUUAAUAUUAUUCUGUAUUAAAGCAUACUUUUUCCAUAAUGACUGAGGUAUAUUACAACAUUGUCACUCUGCAUAUUUAAUGAUUUCAGUUAGUUCAUAGCUCUCUAAAACUCAUUAAUUUUUAACUUGAGUUCCAAUUGAACGAAUCCAAUACACAUAGUUUAGUCUUAAAUACAUAAAAGAAAAACUAUCAUAUGGUGAUAACUAUCUUAGUAGUUAUAACGAAACGAAUAUUUCUUAUCAGAUCUCAGCCGCCUCAAGAGCGAGCGCGGCGGAGAACUUUUGUCACGUCUCGUCUUAAUUGCGCCCCGUGCUAGCCCUUCUGAAGGGCACGUACGGGGCGCAUUUAAGACGUGACAAGAGUUUUACAUCGCGCUCACUCGCAUCGCGCAGCCUCAAGAGCGAGCGCGGCGGAGAACUCUUGUCACGUCUUAAUAGCACCCUGUGCUAUAGGGCCAGAUAAUAUAAAACUUUCACGCUCAUCCCACUGGGUUCAUCCGGGUUUAUAAGGUUCUAACUGUUUUAUUACUGUAAUGUAGAAAAGGGAUAGAUCCCAAUGAUUUUAAAUUGAUCUCAUAGGUGAUUUAACGGGUUCAAUUGAAACUCAAGAGAAAAUCUAUCGGUCGACUGCGAUAUUUAGCUCACAUUUUGUUAAUUAAUAAAACUAGGAAUUGCAAUAAAGACGUUUCUGAAAUUCUUUAUUAUUGUGUAUAAUAUAAGGUACAUUAUGUCAUGUCAAAGUAAUCUUAUUUUCAAAUGUGUUUCACAUACAAAUUGUCAAAUAAUGAAUAACUGAAAUCUAUAUAUUUAUUAAUAAAAUUGUUCUAGGCGUGUAAAUGGGGUGCAUAUCACAAGUUCAAAACCAAAAUAGAUACCAACCUUUACUUAAAAUGCCUGACAUCAAAAUAUCGUGAUGAUACUAUGAUUCAGGACGUAGUACAUAAUAUAUUAUGUUGUCUUGUCACAGCUUUUGUAAAUUAACUCAACCGCUGUCACGUCUUGUCGUGCUAUCAAUGCUAGGCUUUUUAACUUUUAUUCUGAAAUCAGUUAUGUAACAUACUUACAUAACUUAUGUAACAGAUACUUUAAGUAAAUGUAGGUACCUAAUUAAUUAAUAAUAAUAUUGAUAUUGUGAUAUGCACCACAGUAAAUAGAUAUCUAAUAAAAUAAAAUACAUAUUUUUAAGAUCACGUUUAACUCAUGUUUAUAAAUAGGUAGGUAUUUUAAAUAUAAUAGAAAAUACUAAGUUAUCAGUUAAACUUCUACCAGUUAAAAAUAUUAAUGAAAAACUACAUAAUAUUCUUUUGAAAAUAUUCCAUUCAUCUUUUAUUAUUGUAAUGUUAAUGUUAAAAAAUAUAGGCGAAUUAGUUAUUUCAUUAAACAAACAUUAUCUUGUAGUUAUUUUACUGACGUGUAUAUGUAAAUUUUGUAAAGGUUAUGUAGGUAUAGUAAAUUAAGUAUUCUUGUAAUCAAAUCACACAUCGUAUGUUUAUACCUAGUGAAAUAGCUUUUGUAUAAUAAAUAAAUUACAUACUUGACGCUUUCAAAGAUUAUUCCAAGAACAAUUUAAAUAAAACAUCAAGAGUUAUAAUAAAAUUAAUA